GCCGCAGGGAAGGCUGCUGGCGCACCCACGCGUUGCAACGAUUUUUAUGCACCGCAUCGCACUCCUCAUGGCCGCCAGCGUCGGCAGCGCCCUGGUGCCCGAGUCCAUCGGUGUCGUCGGCGUCGGCACGAUCAGCUCCGCGGCCGUGCGCGGCCUCUGCCGCAGCGAUGCACCGCAAGUUGUGCUGUCGCCGCGCAACGCCGCCAAGGCGCAAGCAUUGGAGCAAGAGUUCGAAACGGUACGAAUCGCGGCAACCAACCAGGCCGUCGUCGACGCCUGCGACUGCGUGGUGCUGGCCGUGCUGCCCGGCCAGGCUCAACAGGUGUGCGAGCCUUUGCAGUUUCGACAAGGGCAGCUCGUCAUCUCACUGAUGGCCGGCGUGCCUUUGGCAGACAUUGAAAGAUGGUGCGGCCCCGCGGAAUGUGCGCUGGCGUGCCCGCUGCCGGCCAUCGCGGAGAACGCCGGCACGACCAUCGUGACGCCGCCCGAACCGCGCACCGUCGCCAUCUUUGAGCGACUGGGAACGGCCGUGCCCGUGGCCACGGAAGACCAGUUCCAGCGCCUGCAGGCCAUGACCUGCGUGAUGGGCGACCUCUACGCGCGCCAGAAGACGGCCCAGGACUGGCUCGUUGCAAACGGCGUCGACGCGACGGCGGCGUCGGCGUACGUCGGCGGCGUCUUCCACACGAUGACGCACGACGCGCGAAACGCAAAACCGUCGACCCUAUCGGACUUGGUCGCGGAGCAGACGCCGGGCGGCAUGAACGAGAUGGUCAUCGCCGAGCAGCGCGAGGACGGCGCCUACGCGUCGCUAGAGCACUCGCUCGACUCGAUCUACUCGCGCUUAUGUGGCGCGCACGAUCCGUCCCUGGCGCCGGCGAAGCGUAGGAAGUAAUGUGAGUCGCUUACACCAGGGGAGAAGGAC